CCCCGCCUUCUCCAUCCGGGUGCCGCGGCGCGGAUAAGAGCCGGACCGCGCCUGCGCGCCGCGCGCCGCUCCUUCGACCUCUGCCGCCGCAGUUGCCGCCGCCACCUCCCGGGAAGAGGGGAAGCAGAAGAGCCCACGUCGCCAUUCACCCACGUCCUCCAGCCGCGCCGCCCCGAAGACUGUAAGAUGUUCGCCUGCGCCAAGCUCGCCUGCACCCCCGCUCUGAUCCGAGCUGGAUCCAGAGUUGCAUACAGACCAAUUUCUGCAUCAGUGUUAUCUCGACCAGAGACUAGGACUGAAGAGGGCUCUACGGUAUUUAAUGGGUCCAGGACUGGUGUGUCCCACCUAAUCCAAAGGGAGUUUCAGACCAGUGCAGUCAGCAGAGAUAUCGAUACUGCUGCCAAAUUUAUUGGUGCAGGUGCUGCCACUGUGGGAGUGGCUGGUUCUGGUGCUGGUAUUGGAACAGUCUUUGGCAGCCUUAUCAUUGGUUAUGCCAGAAAUCCUUCGCUGAAGCAGCAGCUGUUCUCAUAUGCUAUCCUGGGAUUUGCCUUGUCUGAAGCUAUGGGUCUCUUUUGUUUGAUGGUUGCUUUCUUGAUUUUGUUUGCCAUGUAACAGAAAUUACUGCUUGAAAUGUUGGCAUUCAUAUUAAUUACGGAUGUAAUUCUGUGUAUCUUACUGUGACUCCGAAAACUAUAGUGUUGGUGUCAUGGAAAUGUACGUUAUUUCCAAGGUCAUUUCAUUAAAGGUAAAAACUUUAA